GUAAGUUUCAGCCAAACAAUUUCGUAACAGCCACCACGAGUGGUGCUAUUGGCCUCAUAUCCACACCAACCAAUUUUUGUCAAUUUAAAGAGCCCCCACUGCUGGGACCCGGUGCUGCUUUUCCACAAUUUGGCGCAGCUGAAUUCCAUCCCACCACACCGGAGAAUUGGAAGGGCGCAACCAUACAUACGACCGGACUGAUGAAGGAGCCAGCUGUAGUGCCGGGACGCAAUGCACCGGUCGCAUUCGCCGCACAGGGACAAGGACAGGAAAUUAUACCUUCUCUCCAGGGUGCUGUCAUGAUGGUUUAUGGCUUGGAUCACGACACAUCGAAUACAGAUAAAUUAUUCAAUUUGGUCUGCUUAUACGGCAAUGUUGCAAGGCAUAUAAAUAAAAUAAAUUGGGGCAUAUGUAUAAUGAACAUUUACCAUAAAUUGUAAAUUAAGUGAUUGCGUUGGAUGAGAGGAAAAUAUGUAUGUAGCAAAAACCUAACUCUGUUAUAAAGCACAUUUAUUCACAUGAAAUUAUUCAUUGGA